AUGAAGAAAGGAUUCGCUAUCACACUCGCAGUUGUCGGAGUUGUUGCAGUAGCAGCUGUUAUUGCCCUCAACGAAACUCCAGCUCAAACUCAAUUGAAUUUCAGAACUGUCAACGACGAUAACGUUGACUUUAAUCACUACAUGAGCAGAUUUAGCAAAAACUACAAGACUCCAGAGGAAUACAACCAAAGACUCGCACUUUACAAGAAAACUAUGGCUACAAUCAAUAGCCAUAAUGCUAACAACGGUGGAUCUUUCUUCCUCAGACCAAACAAAUUCACUGAUAUGACCAAGGAAGAAUACAAAAAGCUUCUUGGUUUCAAGCCAAGCAACAAGAUCUACAAGAGGGCUGUUUCCUAAAAAGACCCCAGCACUAUUCCAGAUGCCAUUGACUGGAGAGACAAGGGUGUAGUAAAUGAAGUCAAGGAUCAAGCAUAAUGCGGUUCUUGCUGGGCCUUCUCAACUGUCGGUGCUCUUGAGAGCAGAACUGCCAUCAAAACUGGCAAGCUCUAAUCCCUUUCAGAGCAGCAACUUGUUGAUUGCGACACCCAAGACGGAAACUAAGGAUGCAAUGGAGGAGAUAUGGGCACUGCCAUGACUUACAUUGCCAGCAAUCCACUUGAAACUGAGGAUGACUAUCCAUACGCUGGAUAUGACGAGUCAUGCCAAGCUGACUAAUCCAAAGAAAUUGUUUCAGACCAAGGCCCAGUUGCUGUCACCCCAAGCAGCUCAGAUGCUUUGAAGGCCGCAGUUGCUGAAGGUCCAGUCUCAGUCGCCAUUGAGGCUGACACUGACGUCUUCCAAUCCUAUGGAGGUGGUAUCUUAAAUGAUGAUAGCUGUGGAACCAAUCUUGACCAUGGUGUUGUUGUUGUUGGUUACGGUUCAGAGAAUGGCCAAGAGUACUAUAUUGUUAGAAAUUCAUGGAGCUCCACUUGGGGAGAGAAUGGAUACGUCAGAAUCGCCAUUGUUGAUGGUGAUGGUAUUUGUGGUAUCCAAAUGCAACCAGUUUACCCUCAAGUCUGA